UUCUCGGGAGGCGCCAUGGCCGGCGUUGACGCGGCGAGGUACGCGCAGAGCCCGGCUCACCACGCCGUCUCGAUGCGGGACCACGCUGCCCUGCGCCGCGUGCUGGACGCGCUCCCCCGGGCGCGCAAGCCCGAGGAGAUCCGGACGGAGGCGGACUCCAUCGCCGAGGAGGCGCGCGCGGAGGCCGUCUCGGCCGUCAUCGACCGCCGCGACGUCCCGGGGCGCGAGACCCCGCUCCACCUCGCCGUCCGCCUCGGCGACGCCGUGGCAGCCGAGAUGCUCAUGGCGGCUGGGGCCGACUGGAGCCUGCAGAACGAGCAUGGCUGGAGCGCGCUGCAGGAGGCCAUCUGCGCGCGCGAGGAGGCGCUCGCACGCGUCAUCGUGCGCCACUACCAGCCUCUCGCCUGGGCCAAGUGGUGCCGCCGCCUGCCCCGCGUCGUCGCCGCCAUGCGCAGGAUGCGCGACUUCUACAUGGAGAUCACAUUCCACUUCGAGAGCUCCGUCAUUCCCUUCAUCUCCCGCAUCGCGCCCUCCGAUACCUACAGGGUCUGGAAGCGCGGGGCCAACCUCCGUGCGGACAUGACGCUCGCGGGCUUCGAUGGCUUCAAGAUCCAGCGCUCUGAUCAGACCAUACUGUUUCUCGGAGAGGGCUCUGAGGACGGCAAGGUGCCACCGGGCUCCUUGUGCAUGAUUAACCACAAGGAUAAGGAGGUGAUGAACGCCCUUGAAGGUGCUGGCGCCCCCGCCUCAGAGGCAGAGGUCCAGCAGGAGGUUAUCGCCAUGUCACAGACCAACAUCUUCCGUCCGGGGAUAGACGUCACUCAGGCGGUGCUGCUUCCACAGGUCACAUGGCGGCGGCAGGAGAGGACAGAGGCGGUUGGCUCGUGGAAGGCUAAGGUGUAUGACAUGCACCAUGUUAUGGUCAGUGUCAAGUCAAGGAGGGUUCCUGGUGCCAUGACGGAUGAGGAAUUCUUUUCAGCUUGCAAUGAGAAUGAUACCGAGAGCGAGGGCUUCGAUGACGUACUCACUGAGGAUGAGAAGAAGCAGCUGGAAUCUGCGCUUAAGAUGGAUUCUCCAGAUGCCCCUGGUGAAAGCCAGUCUGACGCCUUUGUAGGUCCUAGACAUAGUUGCUUUGAGCCAAGGGAGAGGGAGAUACCAAUCGAGGAUUUGAGCAUCUCUGGAAAUGGGGAAAUUAAACAUGAUAAGAAAGGCUGGUUUAGUAAUUGGGGAAAGAAGGGCCAAACUGGCAUUAGUAAGCAGGAGGGAACAAAGAGGAUGGUACCUCCAAGAAGCUCGCUCUGUGUAGAUGAGAAGGUCAGCGACCUCCAUGUAGAAUCUCCAUCAAAUGUACAAACAAAACCAGGAAGGCAUUCAGUAGAUGUAGUAAGAGGGGACGAGAACAGAAGAGGCAAGGAAAGGGAUUAUCGCAAACCUGCAACUUCAGAGAAUGGGCAUAGGCGCAAAGAAAGUGGCAAAGAAAGCGAGUAUAAGAAAGGUCUAAGGCCUGUUCUUUGGUUGUCCCCUAACUUUCCUCUUCGGACUGAGGAGCUCUUGCCACUACUAGAUAUUCUUGCAAACAAGGUGAAAGCGAUCCGUCGUUUAAGGGAUCUACUCACGACAAAACUGCCUCCAGGAACUUUUCCAGUCAAGGUUGCCAUUCCAGUUGUACCUACAAUCAGGGUUCUUGUGACAUUCACAAAGUUUGAAGAGCUACAGCCAUUAGAGGAGUUUACGACGCCUCCUUCUAGCCCUGUCAAUUGCAAGAGCCCAGCAGCACAAGCGUCUUCAGGCUCCUGGGUUCAGUGGAUCAAGGCUCCUUACCGCCAGAACUUCUCUACAGCACAAGGCCCCAGCAACCGCGUGGAGGACAUCCAAGACCCCUUUGUUAUCCCUGCUGAUUACGUCUGGACGACACCAGAAGAGAAGAAAAAGAAGACGCAAGAAAACAAGAACAAGUCGAAGAAAGGCCGGACUGCGUCUUAGAGAUAAGCUGUGGACUAGCCUGGUAGCAGUCUUUAAAGGAGCAAAUACUCGGUGACAUCCUCUUAUCUAACAUGAAGGAUGAGUGGGAAGGUUUGAAGAUCUCAACGUGCUGUAGGUGACAAAUGUCGUGAAACAACCGCUUGUCUAGUUUCAAUGUUAUGAAACAUUUGUUGGUAACAUUCUUUCGUUUAACCCAAAUCAUGCCAGUCCCGAUUAAUAUUGGUGCAACGUUGCUGGUAGAUUUGGCCAAGGUGGCUUGCUGAA